AUGUCUCUCCGACGUUCUGCGCGACUGGGCGCCCUCCCAGUAAAACCCCUCCUACCAAAAACCCCCCUCGUCCACCACAGCGGAGUCGCAAAACCACGCAAGACCUCCAAGCCCAAGAAGACAUCUACCACUCAAACCCCAACAACCUCUACACCAUCCUACUGGUCCCCCGAACCCCCAGCUGUGACAGACACGACCCAAGAUCCAGAAAAGCAACACGCCCCUCAUACUAACAACAGACUCUCCACCCCCUCCCCGCUCAAUCGACCCGUCGAUCCGCACCGUACAAACGCAACCCUCCUCACACCCCACGGCUCCUCAGUAAACGCCUACCCGAUUAACCUCGAAGAUGCAUCACCUUCGAAAACGGGCCUGCCCAGACCAACGGCUACAACGGGGACGCUCCUCGAAAAGGCAAUCGCGCACUUGAUCGCGACGGAUUCCCGUCUGCGAAUUGUCAUCGAACAACAUCCGUGUCCGUUAUUCUCGCCCGCCGGCCUGGCAGAGCAAAUCGAUCCGUUUAAUAGCUUGGUCAGCAGUAUCAUCGGACAACAAGUAUCCGGCGCAGCGGCAAAGUCUAUUCGGAAUAAAUUUGUGGCUUUGUUCGAGCUCGCGGGUUCUGGGGACGGUGAUACUGGCUCGGUGCCGCAUUCGAGGUUCCCGACUCCGCAGGAGGUUGCGCGGUGUGAUAUACCCGCGUUAAGGACGGCGGGUCUGUCGCAGCGGAAGGCGGAGUAUAUUCAGGGGUUGGCGGAGAAGUUUGCUAGUGGGGAGUUGAGUGCGCAGAUGUUGGCGAGGGCUAGUGAUGAGGAGCUGGUUGAGAGGCUUACAGCUGUGCGUGGGUUGGGGAGGUGGUCUGUUGAGAUGUUCGCUUGUUUUGCGCUUAAGCGGAUUGAUGUCUUUUCGACGGGGGAUUUGGGUGUACAGCGAGGGUGUGCUGCCUUUGUUGGGCGUGAUGUAAAUAAGUUAAAGGGUAAGGGAGGUGGUAAGUUCAAGUAUAUGUCGGAGAAGGACAUGCUAGAGUUGGCUGCGAAGUUUGCGCCGUAUAGGAGUCUCUUUAUGUGGUAUAUGUGGCGGAUUGAGAAUGUUGAUGUAGCAGUCCUUACUGGAUGA